CGCCCUGCACUGAAUCACCGAGUGUUCAUAAACCAGCAUUCACUUUCAGUUUCCAUUAGACUUUCACUUCCUCUAGCAGCGCUGAAACGGAGCAUUUCCGAGCCUCUCCCUUUUCCAGACCCGAUCUUCCUGUACUAGACUACUGCGGCUAACGAUGGCGUUUGCAACUAAAACGAUGGCUACCCUCAUCUUGGUGGUACUUGCAUCCAUUUGCGGCCUCACAGCACCUGUAGAAGGUGCUGCUGUACCAAAAUGGGACGCCGGUGAAUUAAACGCCCCAAUUUUGUUCCGACAUACAUUGGGCAGUCACCACGCUGGUUUCCUUAUCUUCGGCCCUUCAUUGAACAAGCCCAUCACUAAAAUCACAGUACACUGCACAACUACUGGAGCAGCGCCGCAUGUCACUGUCUCUGGCCACGCCAACAGCAUCAUCCAGGUCCACAGGCCAAUCGCGCAGGUGAGCGUUACAGGUCUACAGCCGAGGACGGAGUACGUGUGCUACUACACCGCAUCCAACAUGUUCGGGACUAGCAUGCACAGCGAUGUAGGAGCGCCUUUCACCACCUACUCGUCUCGCUGGUAAUCUGGAUGCUGGCAAUGGAGAUCGUCGCUGGGGAGGCACUGUCAUCUUCUAGCUUCGGGUCUUCAGUGAAAUAGCUCAAGUACCAGCCAGCCAAUGCCAAUUGCCUGCUGUUUACCACAAGACUUGUCUGGUGGUAAUUAUAAGACCUCCGGCUAAUAUUAUAUUUUGAUUAUAUCCUAACCCUUUCUUCCUGUUUGGUAUCUAUUUGAUAACCUUUAGAUAUUGCAACCACAAUGUCUGAUAACCUUUAGAUAUUCCAACCAUAAUAUCUUUAAAAGAUGGCAAAAAGAUUUAGAGA